UAAGCUGUGUAAUGGCUGGUGGUUCUGGUGGUCUGUGAGAUCUAUUCGAGAUCAUAACUACGCCACGGUCCCUGGUCUCCCGUGAGUUUUACAGCACAAGAGGAAAGACUGCGGAGACAGCUAGGGUGCGUUUUUACAAAAGGACUACAAAAGGACUACAAAAGGACUACAACAGUUAUAAUGAAUACUGGAAGGAAAUACUUAAAACAGAAAUUACUCUGCAUCCUGGGAGCAGUGACGAUCCUCCUCAUCUAUCUCAGCAGCUGGAGUUGUCUGGGUCUAAAAACAGCACUGUCAUGGGACGAUUGUGGGCCUUAUGUGGCCUAUCCACAAAACUACAAGUUCAUCAUGGAUGACACACCCACGUGUAAGACCAGGAGUCCUUUCCUGGUCCUGAUGGUUCCGGUUGCACCCAGUGACGUGGCAUCUCGGGAGGCUAUCCGGAAGACAUGGGGAAAUGAGAAACUGGUUCUGGGUCAGCUUAUCGAGACUGUCUUCAUACUUGGCCUGCCUGGAGGAGCUGAUGCUGAGCAGCAGCAGGAGAAUGUCAAACAGGAGAACCUGCUGCACCAUGACCUGAUCCAGAGUAACUUCCAGGACAGCUACCGCAAUCUGACCAUCAAGACUAUGAUGAUGCUGCAGUGGCUGGCUGUGCGCUGUGUAAAGGCUUCCUAUGUCAUGAAGAUUGACACAGAUAUGUUCCUCCAUGUCCAGAAUUUGGUUAAACUGUUGCUGGAUCCCAGCGUGGCCAAACAAAACUACAUAACAGGUUUGGUGUGGUGGCACAGCCCGGUUUUAAGAAACCCAUUCAACAAGUUCUACAUGCCGAGAUACGUGAUUGCGGAGUCAGAGUACCCUCCAUAUCCUCUGGGCAUGUCCUACAUCAUGUCCAUGGACCUGCCUGGAAAGAUCCUAGGAAUCUCUUCUCAGAUUAAACCUGUUUAUAUUGAAGACGUCUAUCUGGGUAUGUGCCUAAAACUUCUGGGCAUUUCCCCCACCGACCCACCUGAAAAUACAAUGUUUAUUGUCACACCCAGUCAUCCUCUGAGCGACUGCAGCCUUUCAAAAGUGAUUGCUAUAACAACAACAAGCAUCCCGCAGAUGAUGCGUUACUGGGAGAGGAGCAAACAGCCAGAUGCUAAAUGCUGAACUUCAUCAGGUUGACUGAAAUUAGACCUGUUUAGUGGUAAGAUGACCCUUUUUGUGUAUAUUUAAAAUAAACUAAAAUGGAGCACAUUUAUUAUGUGUUUACAGACAACAUGGAAGCACCUUGCUUUUUGGUUGGAAAGAAAAGACAAAACAGAUUUAAGGAUUAACAUCCACCUUGUAUCAAAUGUACUUCUCAGCCAGCUGAACUACACAGACUUUCUGAGCUGUAUCAGCUCUCAGAGAUGAGAACAUCUGCUGGCCACAGAACCAGAGUGUUAGAACCUUGACUUGUCCAAAAGAGUUGUUUAGUUAAAAACAUCUGUUGUAGCCUCAUUUUGAUAUACGAAAUUCCAUAUUCCUCAGUGUUCAAAAGAUAUUGUGCUCUUCACUCAGUUGCUGAUCAAGCCCCUGUACAGUUGUAGUUGGUCACUGUUCCAGAAGAGGGCAGUCUAACAUCAGCUUAAACCCACUGCAUCAAAUCCUCAGGAUUUCUCAGGCUAAAUUACCAUUCAUUUUUUUUUUUUUUUUUUACUAUUCAGCAGAUUAUCUUUCAAAAUUGAUCAACAAAGCCCUUCUCAUGACUGUUUACUUGAUAAGAGCAAUUACGGUAAAGCUUUUCUUCUGUUACCUGAACUUGCUGCUACAGUAUUUUCAAUUUCAUCAUAGUCUGAUAUAGCAUGGCAAUUUAGGGAAACAGGCUACCAAACAGUGCUGUGGGAACAAAAAGAAAAAUAAUCUCAUGAAGCUGCAGUGGCAAAGUACCACCAAACAGAUUAAAAUAAAUAAAUAAUUUAUAAUUUGUCUGAUUAAACACAAAUUAUUUUAAGGAGGGCACACUGUGAUGUGACCUGGCCAUGAACUAGACAUUCAGCUGGCUAUGGCGUAAAAUUAGGAGGGGUGUCGGCAAAUGACUGAAGUUGAUUGUUCUGAACUUGUCACAAAUGUCACUGUAAACAUGUGUGCACACUGAAUUAAAUGUGAAAAGGAAUAAACAACCCUUUGGUGAUA